AUGGUCUCGGCCUACAUGGCAAUCGGAGAGAGCGAGAAGCAGAACAAGAAGAGCGAACGUAGCGUAUCGACCACAACCACGACCACCGCUACGGCCCGCAACAGUGCAGAAGAGGGCAAGGAGGAGACCCGAGGGACCCACCUGAUGAGCACGGAGACCUGCUCCAAGAUGAUCACGCGCUACUUCCACCUCGUGGGCGACGCCUACCUCCAUGAGCUCCUGGCCGACCUCCUCAUCGACAUUGGCAAGAGGCGGAAGAAGGCGAGCAACAAGGCGAAGAAAGGGCACGAUAACGAUAACGUCCUUCACUUUGGCAUGAGCCGUGAUACGGUGGUCGAGAUUGCGCAGGACGCCUACGCGAUCAUCGAACGCAUCGUUCAAAACCUCGACCGGAUGCCGCAGCCGCUGCGUCGGGUGUGCCAACACAUUUACGCCGAAACGGCGCGCUCGGGCCAGGGCUGGCAUUUCGUGCGGCUGUGCCUCUUCUACCGAUUCGUCUUCCCGUCUAUCGUCGACUCCUCCCAGUACGAGGUCUUCUCCGAAGAGGUCAAGGACUACGACCUGCAAACGUAUCUGGUCGUCGUGGCCAAGGUGCUGCAGUCGCUGUGCCAGCUCCAGGAGGAAAGCGCGGAGGGCGAGACGGAGGAAGAACAGCCCGCGGCCGCUGGAGGGGAGGCUGAUCAGGCGCAGAGCCACAAGGCCAACAUAACCAAACUGAUGACCAAGUUCAUGCGACAGCUUCUGCGUAAGGAUGACAUCGACGAAGCCACCUGUGCGGAGACCGGCGCCAAGCAAACGCUCAAGGCUCCCCUGGGCACAGCCAAGGCGCUCCAAGCUCUGGAACAGCUGAGCGCACACAUCAAGCAGAAACCCCCUCGACUGAGCCUAUUCGCGGAUUGCUCCUCACCUGAGUACGGCGAGCGCAUUCGGCGUCUGCUGCAGGAUGUGUGCGCGCUGGAGGACCUGCCCGCCCCCAGCCCCGACGCGGCUCCCAGGGCCAAUCGCUACAGCAGCGACAAGCAACGCUGCCUUCUCUGCUGA